AAAUUAUUUGAUUUCAGUUUUGCCCUGGAAAACUGGUGAAGUCAUUACACACCGGUCAAACACAGGCCCUUCAACUCCGCCUUCCUUCUUUGAACCCACCACCCAAUACAUCCGCAUCUUAUAGUUACACCGUCGACCAUCACCGUAUUAGCGAGAUGCCUCGCGAGUUGAAAAAGAGAGGCCGCAGAGGCGAGGAGAAGAAGAGAAAGCUUGAAGAGGAGGAGGGAUUACACGAAGAUUUUGCGCAGACAAAGAGACAAAGGACAGAGGAUGGUGAUGGCGAAGGCGACGAGGCAGGCGGACAACAGGACUUUGUCGCACUCCCUCAAGACGGCGCAUUCCCCAACGGCGGCUACCAGGAUGGCGAGAGCCACGGCGGACCCCCGGAAAUGGUCUUCUUCGGCAUGCUGGACGAGGAAGAGCAGGAAUACUUCAAGCGCGCCGACGAGAUGCUCGAGAUGAACAACUUUGCCGAUGCCGAGGAGAGAUCGCUCUUCCUGGCCAACGUCUACCGCGAGGCCAACGGCAAGGAACUCAAGAUUGCCAACAGUCAGUCUUGCUCUAGGUUGAUGGAGAGAUUGAUCCAGUUGUCGACAGCGGCUCAGCUCAAGACGCUGUUCCAGAAGUUCAGCGGAAACUUCAUGCACUUGUUCCAGCACCGCUUCGCUUCGCAUUGUUGCGAAAAGCUCUUCAUCCAAGCCGCCCCCGCCGUCACCCAAGAACUCCUCCACCCUCCCAAGCCUGAAGACCAGACGACUGCAGAUGGCGAAAUCUACGUCAGCAUGGAAAACCUGUUCCUCUUUACUCUUGGAGAGAUGGAAGGCAAUGUUGGCUUCCUCAUGACCGAUCGCUUCGCCUCGCACACCCUCCGCGUGCUGCUUCUCGUUCUGGCCGGCGAGCCUCUUUCAGACUCGACAAACAAGUCCCUGAUGCAAAGCAAGAAGAAGGAGCACGUCACCGUCAACAGCAAUGGCAACGACAAGGAAGACGGCACGACAGAGGCCAAGGAGGACCGUCGUCCCGUUCCCAAGUCGUUCACCGAGGCUCUGGAGAAGCUCAUGACGGCCAGUGUCUCCGGACUCGACACCACCAGCCUUCGCGCCCUCGCCACCCAUCAACUCGGCAACCCUGCCCUGCAACUGCUCAUGAGAAUCGAGCUCACUCACUUUGGCAAAUCAAAAGCAAAGGACCAGAACUCAAUCUUCCGCACUCUCCUUCCCGACGACCCAAUCACUCCUGAGUGCGACAGCGCUUCCUUCAUCACCGGACUGCUCUUCGAUCCUAUCGGUUCUCAUCUCAUCGAGUGCAUCAUUGAGCACGCCCCUGGAAAGAUGUUCAAGAGCUUGUACAGAGGUCUGUUGAAGGAACGCUUGGCAUCUCUGGCUCGUAACGAGAUUGCUUGCUACGUUGUUUGCAAGGUUCUCGAAAGAUUGAGCAAAGACGAUCUCAUGGAGGCACACGAGCAGAUUUGCCCCCAGAUUCCCAGUCUCCUCGAGCGCAACCGCUUCGCAGUCAUCAAGACCCUGAUCACCAGAUGCGCCGUCAGAGAAAUUGACAGUCAAGCUAUUGCUGUACAAUUGAGCGAAGCGUACAACGGUCCCGAAGGCUUCGACAUUGUCAAGCUGUUGAAGCCCGACACUGACGAGCCAGCAGCCAAUGGCAAUGCUCCAGCCCCCGAAGGCAUGCCAGCACACAUUGCCGAAGAGCGUGCAAACCCCCACACCAUCAAGCUCCAAGGCUCUCUCCUCGCACAAACCAUGAUCCUAGUCCCCGGGUCCCUGAGCGCCCUCAUUCUCGAGAGCCUCGCUGCCCUCCCACCCUCAACAUUGCAAAAGAUGGCCUGUGACACAAUGAUAUGCCGCACCCUCCAAGCAGCAAUGACAUCCCAAAACGCCAGCAUCAUCUCCCGCCGAAAACUGAUUCAACAAUUCUUCGGCCACAUCGGAGAGAUGGCACUCGAUCGCUGCGCAUCCCGUGUCGUGGACGCCAUCUGGGAAGGCACACACGGCCUCGCCUUUAUCCGCGAACGCAUCGCUGAAGAACUGAAUGAGAAUGAAGCAGCUCUCCGCGACAACCCCUGCGGCCGCGCUGUAUGGAAGAACUGGAAAAUGGACCUCUACAAACGCCGUCGUGGCGAUUGGGUCAAGCAAUCCAAGAACAAGGCUUCAAACGACGGUUUCCAAUCUUUCUCCGAACAAGCUGCGGGAGGAGAAAAGAAGAGCGCUAUUCAAUUGGCGAGAGAGAGACAUGCGGCCAACAAGACGAGAUCUCUGCAAGCGCGGGAAAAGGCAGCGACGGCCGGGAGCAGGCCUGCUGGGACUUCAAACUCGAGUAAACAUGCUUCUGGAGCUAAUGCGAUCACCAGCACAAAGCUGCUCAAUUCUAUCCAAGACCUCGUCAUCCCUUUUAUUCGUUCUGCCGACGAAGACGCCGCCACGAAACAUACUGGCCAUGGUCUGCAAGUCCCAGGCCAAGGGCCCCGAACCGCCCUCGUCGAACACCAUCCACCCCAAAAGCUAAAGUCGCUCUUCGAUGUCCAACUCCCCGAAGAUGCUCAAGGAAAAAAGGGACUUCUUGAUAUCGUGGACAAGCUCCUGAAAUAUAGUGUCAAUACCUGGGAUCAAGGCUUCAUGGAUAAGCUCUACGCUUCCACCAAUGCUGUGGGAGUGGUUUCUGAAUUACUUCUGGCGGUGUUGAAUACGAAUCUGCACGUCUAUCAGGUUUCCCCUGCUUUGACGCUCGUGGAGAAACAGACUAGUAAGGCUCUUGCGGCACUCUAUGGCUUUGGCGGUGCUCAUGGUGGUGGUAUCUCGCAACCUGGCGGUUCUGCGUCUAAUGCUACGAGUAUUGCCAUUGCGAGAAACACGUUGCAUCCGGAGACCAAAAAGGAUGGUAUUAAUGGUAGGAGAUUCACUCUCUUUACCUCUGCGCAUGGUCAUUAUUCUUUGGAGAAGGCCGCGCAGAUGUUUGGCUUUGGGUCUUCGGCUGUUAUUGGCGUCGCGGUGGAUGAGCAAGGUCGUAUGCUUCCCGACGCUCUGGACGCAGCAGUGCAAAAGUCAAAGGAUGCAGGAGAAGUACCCUUUUACGUCAAUGCGACUGCUGGAACCACUGUGCUGGGUAGCUACGACCCCAUCGGUCCAAUCGCCGACGUCUGCGAAAAACACAAGCUCUGGCUUCACAUCGACGGUAGCUGGGGCGGCCCUGUCAUUUUCUCUGCAACUCACAAGCACAAGCUGCAUGGUAUCGAGCGAGCAGACUCUAUUGGCGUCACGCCGCACAAGAUGCUCAGUGUCCCCAUGACAUGCUCAUUCCUGCUAGGCAAGGAUAUGCGUCAAUUCCAACGCGCCAUGACACUUCCAGCAGGCUACCUCUUCCACUCCCCCUCAGAAGACGACGCUUCCGCCGCCGAUGCCUCGACACCCUCGACAGCCGACGCCAAAAUCCGCCCAGAGGCCGAAAUCUACGAUCUCGCAGAUCUAACACCACAAUGUGGACGUAGAGGCGACGCUCUGAAACUCGCCCUCUCUUGGAUCUACUACGGCAGCUCUGGUUUCGAAAAAUCCAUUGAUGAUGCGUUUUCCGCUGCCUCUACCCUUGCGUCUCUGGUCGAGAAGACAGAUCGCUUUACUCUGGUUUCGGAGAACCCGCCUCCGUGUUGGCAAGUCUGUUUUUACUAUAACAAGCAAGAUGACGCGACCAGGAACUCCAAGACUACAGAGAGGAUUGCACAAAAGCUUAUUCCGAGAGGUUUCAUGGUCGAUUAUUCGCCAGGAGAGGAUGGAAAGUUCUUCAGGGUUGUUGUUAAUUCGCAGACGAGGAAGGGAACUUUGGAGGGGCUUGUCAAAGCUAUUGAAGAGGUCAGUAAGGAAGUUCAGCUCUGAAUUUCAAAAGACAUGAUCUAAAGAGUGCUUCUGAAAGCUGGAUAUGAGAUUUUUGUAGAUAGUGGUCAUCAAGGUGCUCACAAAUGACGUUGGUGCUUCGAGCAAGCAAUCCAUCUAUAGCUUGUGAACGUGAACAAAUCUUCGCACACUUCGACAGCAAGAUUCUCAGAACCUCAGAAAUCAGAACCUCAUGAACAACAAUGACUACGCC